AUGGUGCCGUUCUCGGCCGCCGACGAGGCGGUAGGGUUGCCGGCAGACAUCGUGAACUUGUGCAGCAUCAAGACAAUGAAAGGACUGCAAGUGAACAAGACGGGUGCGUCCGGGCUGUUUUACAAGUUCCCACAUGAAUCCUAUUUCAGGAAAGGGGUGACCGGAGACUGGGUGAAUCAUAUGACACCAGAGAUGGCGCAACGCUUAGAUGCCAUUGUGGAGGACAAGCUCUAUGGAUCAGGUCUGUCUUUCAGUUCUUGA